GCCGCGGCAAGCGCCAAACUGAUAAAAAAGACGAUGAGCCGGUGAUCGCGAGUUUAGUCGCAUAUAAUCCGCACGAGGGUAUAUACAGAUAUAAACAUUUCCGUGUUUUUUUUCUUUUGAAUCGUAAUCAUGGAGUCUAAGUGGAUUUUCAGGUCCGCCGUGCUCUGUCUUCUCGUUGGCACGUGUAUUGCGCAAUUUCAACCACGUCAACAGAAUCCCUUCUUGAAUCAACAGCAACAGCGUAGUUUCGAGCAGAGGCCAAACGACUACUUUGUACAGCAACCGCAAAGUUUCGCUGGUAAUGCGCAAUGCCCCGAGCCGAACGGCCGAUUCCCCGUAGCGUCUCAGUGCGACGCUUACGUCGAGUGUGUCGAUGGCGUCGGCGAGGAGAAGCUGUGUCCCGAGGGCUUACUUUUCAAUCCUGAAGCCAGAUUCAACUAUCCUUGCGGCUAUCCGAUCGACGUCAAGUGCGAAGGACGAUCCGCUCUUCAGCCUGCGCAACCGAGCGAGGAAUGUCCGCAUCAGUACGGCUACUUCAAAAUGGGCGAUCAAAGAAACUGUGGUAAAUUCAUGAAUUGCGUAGAGGGCCGAGGUUACGUCUUUGAUUGCCCCGAGGGUUUGGCAUACAAUCCCGAAACUUAUCGUUGCGACUGGCCCGAUCAAGUUAACGAUUGCGACGCCGAAGCUUUCCUUGGAUUCACCUGUCCUACGAGUGGACAGAGCUCGUUUUUGCAUUCUGAGGCGAGAUUCUACAGAAGUCCGAAUGAUUGCCAAAGAUAUUACGUUUGCGUAAAUAAUAGACCAAGAUUACAGAAUUGCGGCGAGGGUAAUGCUUUUAACGAUCUUAUCGGAACUUGCGAUGCUGCUGAGAAUGUCACCGGAUGUGAGCCGCCAUUCAGGAAAAAUCUAGAAACACUGAAUUUGAUUGAUAUUAGGUCUCAAAACGACGAACAACAUAUCAGAUCAGCCAAGCAGCAACAAUCUUAUAAUCAUGUACGUAAUUUUGAUGGAUUCCAACAACAACAGUACCAACAACAACAGCAACAUUACAGAGGCAGUCAGACUUUCAAUAGUCAAGGAAAUAAUCAAUACGCAAAAUCACGAUUUUAGCCGAUUCAAAAGUAAAUGAAAUC